AUGCUCCUCGAGGGGCUCAAGCUGCCUUAUGAUCUGCAUCAGCUGGAAUUCUCCGACGCCAGGCAACCAGAAUACUUGAGACUCAAUCCCAGCGGACUUCUGCCAACCAUAAGGAUCCAAAACACAGACAUAACUCUGUUGGAGACCGCCAUCAUUGUCUAUCUUAUCGACCAAUAUGACAAAGAGGACAAGCUCUUUUACCGUGAUGAGCCUGGAAAGUACCUGACCCAGCAGUGGCUGGCAUUCCAGAUAUCUGGUCAAGACCCUUACUUCGGUCAGGCGGCCUGGUUUGCCCGCUUCCAUCCUGAAAAGGUCCAAUCUGCCAUCGAUCGCUAUGCUAGCGAGAUCAUCCGGGGCCAUUGGCAUCUUGGAAGAAGGCCUGGGGUGGAACGGGACCGGUUGGCUUGUUGGUAA